UUAAAGUUCAUUGGCGCUCUGUUGGCGCUACUCGCCUGCUCGCUAUGCGCUGCGGAUUUGGCGCUGAAGCAACCGAAUCGCUUCGAGGAGAGCAGCUACGGCAAUUCGCGCUAUCAGAUCUUUGAGGUGCACAAUCAUUAUCAGGGCAAGGGCCACGCCUACUUGCCACCCCAGGCGCAGCCGCAGCAGCAACAUGUUGUCCCUGGCAACGAUGACAAUUUGGAUGUCUCAUUUCUGAGCUUUGCCGAUGAUGGUCGAGUGCAGCCAUUGCCUGUGGCACAGCCGCUGCCCAUUGGGGCAGCGCCUGGGUCCGUUCCGGUGCCGUUUCCCUCCAACUAUCAGCAUGACUUUCAGCGCAAGCAGGCGCCACAGCCAGCUGUUGCCUAUAGAUCGCAAGCCUAUUUGCCACCCACUGUUGCCACGCCCAACUUGCAGCUGCAGCAACAGCAGCAGCAGCAGCAGCAGCAGGCAUAUCACUUAGAGCAGCAGCAGCAACAGCAACAACAAGAGCAGCAACAGUUGCUGCAGCAGCAACAAUCACAACUUGUCUCCAAGCCUGUCUUUAGCUCCAAUGAUUAUCUGCCACCCACAACAGCAGCAGCAACAGCUGCUUCUAUUGUCAGCUACCCACAGCAGCAGCAAUUGCAACAGCAACAGCAGCAGCAGCAGCUGCAACAGCUGCCCCAGCAGCAACAGGUCUAUCGCGCACCGUCUUAUGCAGUCGCACCAGCAGCUGAUUAUCGUGCUCCUGGCUACUUGCCACCUGGCUAUGAUUUCGACAAUCCCGACCAUCUGCCGUUGGAUCAAAUUAUUGAGCAACCCCAGUUGCCGGCGGUGCAGCCAACAGCAACUGUUGAGCAGCAGCAGCAGCAACUCAACCAUCCUGGCGCUCUGCCAGAGGGUUAUGAGUUUAGUAAGCCCGAAAACUUUGAGGCCGCCAUUGCUGAGCUGCACAGUCUGCAAACGCAAACCAAGUUGCUUAAGCAGCAGCAGCAGCAACAGCAGCAACUGCAGCUGCAACAACAGCAGCAGCAACAACAGCAAUUGACACUGCAGCAGCAGCAACAGCGUUCAGCUGGCUCCAAUAUCAUUUAUGGAGUGCCCAAGCAGCAACAGGUAAGGACAACAGCAACUGCCACAGCAACAACAACAGCACUGAGAGCAACUGCUGUUGCUACGCCCGCAGUGGUUGCCGCACCGCUGCCCGCACCGCCCACACAGCACACACACAUUCAUGCGCUGCGCAGCUAUAUGAACACCGUGCAGCCCUACGCACGCUACGGCCAGCCACAGCAGCAGCAGCUGCUGCAGCAGCGUGUGCAACAGCAGCAAUUCGUUGAAGUGGCGCCCAUGCAUCGAGAGCAAUCGAAGCGGCCGCGUUUCUAUGCGCCGGCCAUGUCCUACGCACGCAAUGCGCUGCCCACGCAGUACCACCAACACCAUCACAUAUAUCACGCGCAACGCCAGCAACAACAACAGCAGCAACCGUUGCCGCUGCAGCUGCAACUGCCACGGCCCGUGCUUAAUCUGCAGGCGCAGCAGUCGCUGCAAAAGUUCAUGCCACGCGAAAUGCAGUUGGCCGUCAAUGUGGCCGUUGCGGCCGCCGGGCCCGUUGCGCGUGGCAGCUCCAAGGUGCGCACCGUACAAAUAGUCAAGCAGCAUGCGGUGCGCACCUUCAAGGUGCUGGAAACGUUGGAUGCUGCUGGCGUCAAGACCAUCAAGAUCUUGGGCACCAGCAACGAGCAGCCACGCGGCCACCAUCACAUUGUCAAGGUGGUGACACAGGAUGCCAACAAUGUGGAGAGCCAUGUGCAGACGGUCAAGAUCUACGACGAUCAGCAGGAGUAUCAACAGCAACAGCUGCCCACGGGUGCGCCUCGCGGCUAUUUGCCGCCAACUGUGGCAAGGCCGCGCGCACGCAUUGUGCGCCAAACGCGGCCGCUGCGCCUGCUGCCUGUGCCCAGACGUUGAGUCCACUCCCACACACACACACACACAC